GCUUUUACCUCUCGCCAUAACCUAACUAAUCAAAUGAAAUCAUGCCGCCUCCGCGGGAUAGAAGCCGGUCACCCGUAAAAAAAAGGCUUUACCGCCAAGGACGAUAGUGAUUCUGAAACGCAGGAAGCAAUCCUAAAUAUGAUUGCCAGCUCUGUUCCUCCACUGCCAUGCGAGUCUCCGGACAGCGACAUGGAGGCCGAGCCAACUCAAGAAAAAUCUCUCACUUCACAGUCCAAUCAGGAAAAUAGUGUCGAUAAUGAACCCUCCUCGUCCGCCUCUAAAAUCUCAAGAGAUGCAAGUGACCAAAGCUACACUAGUUUCUCUACCCUCAAGAGACAAUCUCGAAACACCCAAGACGAGGAAAAUUCAGUUCCAAAAAAGCUCAAUGCUUCGAAGCAGAUCCCAGACGCUGUCUUAGCAAACAGAUAUCCCAAGUUUUCACAAGGACCUUAUGAAAUUGUUGUUACGUCCAUAGGAUCAGUCAACUCUUCCAUCCACCCUCUCAUAGUGGGCCGUCUUCUCAGUUCCACUCUUAAAAAGGAUAUAACAGAAAUCAAGAAACUUGGCUUCUCUAAAGUAUCAGUACAAUUUAAAUUGCGGGAGGCGGCAAACAAUAUAAUCAAUAAUCCAAUUCUCAAUUCAAAUAACCUAAUCGCCUAUAUUCCUUCUUACAGAGUAUCGAGACAAGGAGUAAUAAGAAAUAUACCACUAGACCUCGCUGAAAAUACUAUUAAGGAAGAAAUUGACAGCUCGGUUGGGAUCAUCUUCGUGCGGAGGCUCAGCAGAAAGAUUAUUGAUCCAUCCACAAGAUCGGUGAGCUACUCACCCUCCAAAUUUAUCGCAAUUACUUUUGAAGGGCAGACGGUCCCACAGUUUCUCUACUUGUAUAUGGUCAGGCCUUGGUUCCUAAAGCUCGGCCUUGACCGCGAGGAAAUAGUCACGGCAUGCCGAAUCAGAAGCAACCACUACAACUUACACGCCAGUCUAUAUCGCUGUAACAUCAUAUCCUCGCCUGCAUGCGAAUGCGGUCACCCAUCACAGGACAUAAACCACACUCUAUGGAUCUGCCCCAGACACCAAGACCAUAGACCUUACCUGCUCAAGAAAUUGGAGGAAAAAUCUAAGAAACCUCCCCCCUUUGACGCAUUUGAACUCCUCUCAAUACCCUCUGCUGGAAUCAUCUCAUGCUUGGCCUCUUUCUUUAAAAAAUGCAACCUGAAUAUCUGAGGAUAUAACUUGACACAAUCUCUGCAGAAACACUGUCUUCAUUAUACAUUGACUUGGCCGAGUGGGCCAGUACAAUCGGGCCCGGAGCCAUUCAACUGAAGAAGAAGAAGAAGAAAGAUUGAGAUUGAAGUUGA